AUGGAGUCAUGCACUGUCACUUACCGUAAUGGCCAGACAGCACGUUUGGAGAAUGUCUUCAUCAGAGGCUCAAAAAUCAGAUUUUUGAUCCUGCCAGACAUGUUGAAGAAUGCUCCAAUGUUCAAAAAUAUGACUGGUAAAAAGGGUGGAGCAGCAGGUAGUGGAAAGUCUGCUAUAUUACGAGCGCAGGCUGCAAGAGGUCGAGGAAGAGGUGGAAGAGGGGGACGUAACUGGGGUCCCAGUGGACCUAUGAGGCGUUAAGGGUUUGCAGAUGUUGAGGUCCUUUGAAAUUUUAAGUGUCCUGCUCUCCAGUUCAAACCUGUGUAAUGUUCGGAAUAAUCUCUAGUUGCAGGCAUUUGGACAUUAGGGGUGUGGUUGGACUUUUUAUAAUUUCUUAAGGAAAUCCCACCUAGGUUAUUGUGUUUUAUAUUUUCCAAGUAUGUUCCUUCUUAGGUAUGAUACUAGUUUCAAAAAUAAGUUAGCUUCAAUCUUGAUUUAUUUUCUGUGUUAGGAAUAAACAAUUAGUGGUCAAUAUUUUAAAUGGAUAGGAAGUGCUUCAUUCCAGGAAGAUGUAUCAGAUGUUAGUUUAUAUGGAAUUUAUACCUGAAUGCCAGUUGAUUUAAGUGUUGUAUUUUUAAGUGUAACUAUUUUCUGAAAAUGUACAAAAAUGUUUUGA